AUGGCCUGUUUGGAGGGCAACUUCAGGGGCACCUUGGCAUGUUCAAAGCGCAGCAUGUGGAGACGGUCAAAACAGAGCAUCGAUACCACCAGCUCUUCAGAGGUCACCACCUCGGAGAGACCCAGCCCCUCUCACCGCCUCGCCAAGGCCCUCCUCAGGCCCUUCAGCCGCAGACCCCGCCCCGAAGAACUCCCCCAGAGAACCAAGAGCGACACGCACCUGACCUUCCCAAACGCCGAGCGCAAGCUAAGGCUCUCAAAGAGCUCCCUCGACUCUCCCAAGGAAACUAGAGCAGCAGAAAACAUGGAGCGGGCGCCGAAGGUUGAGGUCAGGGAGGUGCGGAAGCUCUCGUCUCCGCCCCCGGUUGGGUCGGCGAUUGAGGAAGUGGGGACGGUUUCAAAAGCGGUUGCCGCUGCGCCGGUUAUGAGCGUCGUGAAACCCAAGGUCGCGCUCCCUUCUGAAGCGGAGGGUUUGCCUGAGGACGUGGUCAACGAUCUGAUCGCCGCGUUCAAGUACUUCGACCACAACAGUGACGGAUGCAUCGACAAGGAGGAACUAGGCGCGGUGAUGCGGUCGCUUGGGGACAACCCAACGGAUGCUGAGCUUACCGCAAUGAUCACGGCCGUGGACCAGAAUGGAGAUGGGUCGAUCUGCCUCGGCGAGUUUCUGAACCUGAACAAGAUGGCGCUGGAGGCUGGACUUGCGGGGGAUGAGGAUACGGAGCUGCGGGCGACGUUUGAUGUGUUCGAUCUCGACAAGAAUGGGUUCAUCUCGUGCGAGGAACUGCAGCAGGUCCUGAGCCGGUUGCUCGGUGAGCCGGUUGUAGAGGCGGAGUGCUCCCGGAUGAUUCAGGGCGUCGACCAGGACGGGGACGGUCAAGUCAACUUCCAGGAGUUCCACACCAUGAUGCAGCAGGUUAUGCCUUGCUGAGAUGCUUUGUCUUGAUUGUGUGACAUUGUGUCCAGUCAAAGUAUGUCACAGUAGUCGUUUAGGAACUACAUAACGUGCACGUAAGAAGCAGAAACAGUUAGUUGAUGCACAGUUUGAAUGAGAAGGAGCGUGGUGUCGCAGGAAAAUUUAAAGGUAGUUUAGUAGUGGUGUCGUGAAGAUGAAUACAUCUGAGGGUUGGGAGAAGUGAGGAGAGUCAAAUGCCAGGGUAGGGUGUCAGGAUGCAACUCAGGACAAAGUGCCAGCGGGCAUGUCUUUGUGGUCCUUCUACCGCCUGCCGUCAAGUGGUGUGACCUGACAAUGAAGAUCUUACGAAGUCAGCUGAAAAGAAAUAACAAUUGUUUGCCGCAAGUGCAUGAUUGCGCUAUGGCCCUGGGUUGAAAUACAAGUGGCAAUCCUCGGAGCUUGCAAUGUGAUGUCUACUAUAUAAGGGGCU